AGAGAGAAGGAGAGAGAGAGAAAGCGAAGAGAAGGCAACGCAGAGUGAGAAGCUCUGAGAGAGAGAGAGAGAGACGAAAGCUGAGAUCUUUUUUUUUUCUUUUUUUUUUUUUUUCGUUUUCUGCUAAUAGAGAGCUUCGUUGAAGAUCUUUGAAUCUACUGAAUCGGUUUUUUUAUAACCGUAAACAGCGAUUUCCGUUGACGGAGAAACCAUUUUCCGGCGAAUUAUGGUCGGUUUCUUGUGAUGAGAGACGAGAUUAAUAUUGUAGAUAUAGCUGAUUCGGUAGAAGAACAACGAAGCAAAGAUGGAUAGGAACAGAGAAGCGAGGAGAGCAACCAUGGCGGCGACAAACGGUUUAACUAGACGGAGACAUAGAAGUGGUAGUCUCAGAGACUCCCCAGAGGAAGAUGGUCCGGUAGAGUUACAAGAAACAGCGAGGCUAAGAGAUCGAGGAGGUAGCGGAAAGAAAGAUCGCGAUCGUGAUCGGGACCGGGACAGAGACCGAGAGCGUGAUCGAGAUGGAGAUCGGUUGAGUCGGAGCAAGAGGAGGCGAGGAGAUAGGUUAUUGCACGGUAACAAUAGAGAAGAUGGCGGUGACGAGAGCUCUGAAGAGAGUGUAAAUGACGAAGAAGAAGACGAAGACGACGAAGUCGUAAUAGGUGGAGGAAACGGCGGUGGUGUAGCCUCUUCUGUUAGAAUGCUUCCGCCGAAUCCAUCACCUUUAUCAUCUUCAACAAACUCGUUAUCUAAUCACCGGAAGAGCUUUCCUCCGCCGGCCAAAGUUUUUAGAGCAGCGCCGACGUGGAAAGCUCCCGAUGAAAUGAUUGGCGUGUCGGUGCCCCGAAAAGCUCGCUCUGCGUCAACGAAGAGGUCACAUGAAUCUUGGGCUGGUGGAAGUGGAGGCGGAGGAGGAGUUGUUGGUGGAGAGCAAAUUCACCGGCAAGCUUCGACAUCGCCGGUGAGACACACCGGCCUCGUGUCGAUGGCGGCAGCGUCGCCAGCUCCGGCCUCUCCGUCUUCUCCCAAUGCUUCGGUUCGGAAGAAGAUGAAGCCUAAUGGACCGAAACUGCGGCCGCCGAAAUCGACGACGAAGUCGUCAUCUUCAGCAGCUCAGGAUGAGAUCGAGAUAGAGAUUGCAGAGGUGUUGUAUGGGAUGUUGAGACAGCCACAAGGACUUUCAAAACAAGAUAGCUUUACCAAUGAUUCCAGAGAAGCCAAUAAAUCAUCCACUGAUGCUAAAUCCAGAGUCUCUUCGCCGAUCUCCAACUCAACCUCAACACUACCUCACUCUUCUUCUCUUUUACCUCAAAAUUCUAGCUCCUCAGUCACUCCUAUAUCCACCGUUGCAACGGCGCCGAAGAGGAAAAAGCCAAGACCGGUGAAGUACGAUGAUGAAAACUCGACGAUUUUCACGGGCCGGAACAGUCCCAUUUCGGCUACAACUAAGGCAGAGAUGGAUCAGUCAGCGAAAAUGGAAACGUUGGAGAAGAACACGGGAUCUGCAGCCGAAAAUGGAGGAGUUUCGUACGAAUUGGGAAGCUCUCAAGUUGUACAACCACCAUCGUUGGAGGUAGCACAGCCAGAGUCUUCGAUGAUGAUUAAGCCAGAGAGUAAUGUUUUAUCAGAUUCGAAAGCUUUGACUAACGAAUCGGAGAAUAAAGAUGUUGGUGUGAGUAAAGAGGAGCCUCAGUCGCCCAAGAAGGAAGCUCCUGUAGUCAGAUUGGAUGACAAUCGUGACGAUGCGAAAGCGAAUAAAGCGAAUUUAACUACAACUGAGGUGGAGAGUCACAAAGAAGAAAAGUUCCAGAUAGAUCUGAUGGCUCCUCCUCCGUUAAGAUCGUCACCAGAAAGGGAUGGUGAUACUGAAUUUGUGGCCGUAGAUCCUAAGGCUAUGGUCACAGAUGUUGAAAUGGAAAUUAAGCCUCAGGUAAAGGAAGAUGAAAAGGUUGUGAAAACAAUAGGCAAGGAAGAGACAGUCAAUGUUGAAAGCGAGAAGCCUAAAAUUGUAGCAGUAGAAGAAGCUGAAUCACACAAGCCAGUUGUUGCUCCUAAGGAGAGGAACAUCGAUCUUCAGCUUGACUUGGAAAAGACUGAUAGAGAUAGCGGCAACGCUAGUGUAAGCGGCAACAACAAGUCACACUUUCACCAUAAUGUUCAGAAGCAGCAGCAGUCACAGCACACUCACAAUGAAAAAAUUGCCCAAACGAGCUCUCUACCUCUACCAAUGUCUGUACCUGGGUGGCCAGGUGGACUUCCUCCCAUGGGCAGAUAUAUGGCACCAUUACAAGGAGUUGUAUCCAUGGAUGGGAGCACCGUAUCUCCUGCACCUAUCCAACCUCCAAAUUUGCUUUUUACGCAACCUAGGCCUAAGAGAUGUGCAACGCACUGCUACAUUGCUCGGAAUAUACUGUAUCACCAGCAAAUUGCGAGAAUGAAUCCUUUCUGGCCUGCAGCGGCUGGUUCUGCAUCCAUAUAUGGGGCUAAGCCCGGAAAUCUCAAUGUGGUUCCGUCAGCUGAAUUGCAUGGAAACAUUGCCGGUAGAGUGGUGAACCCUACCCAGGACAAGGGUCAGAGUCUUGCUAUGUUUCCAGCUCAUUCUGGGGGAAAGGAUAAUAAAGGUUCUCAAGCAGCCAACAUUGUGGAUGCUUCACAGAGAAAGCAGAUUUUGCUUCAGCAAACAGUGCCCCAAGGAGCACCUAAUAAUAUCAUGGGCCCUGCUUUCAUUUUCCCUCUGAGCCAGCAACAAGCAGUUGCAGCUGCUUCUGUCCGAUCUGGUUCUGUAAAGCCUCCUGCUGCCGGGAGUGCUGCUUCAUCAAGUACAUCAAAUUCUGCUGCAGUGAGUGCAGCAGCAACGGCGGCAGCAGCAGCAGCAGCCCCAGCAAUGAGCUUCAACUACGCAAAUAUGACUGGGAAUGAAACUCAGUAUUUGGCAAUUUUGCCGAAUAGUCCAUAUCCGUUCCCAAUUCCAGGUCAUGUUGGUGCACCAGCUUAUAGAGCAACCCAUGGUCAGGCAAUGCCAUUCUUCAAUUCCUUCUAUCCUUCUCAAAUGAUCCAUCAUUCACAGAUUCAUCAGCAACAGCAGCAACCACCUGCUCAAUCACAACAAAGCCAACAACAAGGUCAUCAGAAUGCAAGUAUUUCCAGUGGUUCCUCGUCUUCUCAGAAGCACUUGCAGAAUCAGCAGCAGAGGCAACAUGGCAAUGGAGUUAAUGUUAGUAGUGGAAAUUUGCAAGGGUUUCCUGCGCCCAAAAACCAGCCUUCACAGUCACUACAGCGGCAGCAGCAGCAGCAACAGCAGAAUCAGCAGGUCCCUCAUCAGGCACGCCAACUUGAGUCUGAAAUGGAUGGGGAAGAUAGUCCCUCAACUGCUGAUAGCCGUGUUUCUCGGGCAAAUAUGAGUUUUUAUGCUCCCCCUAAUUUUCCAAUGCCAAUGCACCCAUCUAACUUCGCUGUGAUGACUCCUGCAGCAAUGGGUGGUGCCAGUGGCACCAAUAAUGCAAGUGGUAGUCAUAAUGAAAAGAAACAGCAGCAGCAGUCACAUCAGCAGGGCUCAAAGGCUGGAGUGGAGCCUCAAGCUUUUGCCAUGUCUUUUCCUUCCAUUAAUGGUACUAAUACCGGGCCUAGCAUUGACAUCUCAACCAUUCCACAGAAUCAUCAUUUUCUUCAAAAUUAUCAGUAUAUUGCUGCCCCGGCGCAGAAGAGGAAUUACCGUGUUUCUGAAGAAGGGAAAACUGGAGGUGAUUCUUCUAAUGUUGAAGAAGAAAGAAAAGCCAUGCCAGGAAAGGGUCAGUCAAUAGUUGGACAGUCUAUUGCUUUCUCCUCUAGGCCAGAUUUGCCUGAUACAUCCGUUACCACAAUAACGGGCAGUACUGUUGUUGAUAGCUCUGCAAGAACUCUUAAUCUUGGGUCUGCUACUGCACGGGCUUCUGGUUCUGUUAUGCCUACUUCCAUUAGCAGUGUUACUGCUUCUCAGCAGUUAAUGAAUCAGCGGAAUCCACAGCAGCAGCAAAUGAUUCUGAUGCAGAAGCAGAAUCAAAUUGUACAGAAUCAAAUUGCGCAGAAUCAAGCAGCAGCAGCAGCUCGGAGCAAAACUCAAGCAACGAGUAAUGGUAGUGUUUACUCGGAUCACCUUCCUUCAUCGUCUUCUAUGGGCACAAAGUUUGCUAAUGCUCUCUCUUCUUUCCCCCAAAACCUUGUUCAAACCAGCUGCAGCCCAGCUCAAUCUCCUCAGUGGAAGAAUUCUUUAAGGACAACCACUUCCCAAGUUCCUUCUCCGUCUCUGUCCUCUUCAACCUCCUCAUCCCUUAAAAACCAUCCUCAACAGCAAGGUAGGACCCAACAAAGCCAUGGGCAGAUAUCAUUUGCGGCUAAUACGAAAUCAUCAACAGCACAAGGGCAACAACCUCCCAGUAGCAACCAGUCUCCAUCGCCACCAAUUAUGGUUGGCUCGCCCACAACUUCUAUGUCAAAGAGUGCUGGUGGAAGCCCAAGGACAACUGCCUCCACUUCCACUGCUAACAAAGCUGGCCAAGCUUCUACAUUGUCAUCCCAGCAGGGCAAGAACUCACCUUCGGUGCCUAGCCGGAAGUCAUCCCCGGUUGGGGGAAGGAAUGUUGCAUCAAUCCUUGGAAACCCCCAUAUCACCUCUAAUUCGAGCACUUCAACUAAAUCUCAAUUGCCACAGCAACAGCAGCAGCAGCUGCUGCCCCAGCAGUUAUCAAAGCAAUCGAUCCCGAUCCAAACCCAGAUCCAAACCCACCAGAUGUACUUAAAUGGUUAUUUUCAACAAGCCCAAGUAGCACAGUCAACUAAUAACGCUUCCUCUGCAUCAACUGCAAGUGGGUAUUUUCAUCAAAGAAACCGCCGUGAACAGCAGCAGCAGCAGCAGCCAAAUGUGUCAUCGGGUACAUCCUCAACUGGGAUGUUGUCGUUGUGCCCUCCAGUCACACUUGCUAACACCAGCACUUCUGAUCCUGCCAAGGUAGUUGCGGCUAAUAGCAACAUGAAAGGUGGUAUAUCCUCACACAUUCUCCAAGUUAGCCCAUAUGGUGUUGCACAAUCCUCUGGGAACCCGCAUCAGCUUUUGCCUGCUGGCUUCCCCUACGUUCAUGCUGUUCCCACCUCAGUUCAGGUGAAGCCGGCAGAGCAGAAACAACCUGCUGGUGAGUGAAAAUACCAUUUCCCUUGGUGCUUUACAUUGCAAAUCACCCCCAUAUGGGGAAAACAAGGAAAAAUAAAUAUGAAAAAAGUUCAAUGAGGCUAGUUUGUAUAAGGAAGCUGUUUCUUGCCUAGAACUUGACAAUUUACAUACCUUCUGGCAGCCUGAGAAGAAAUGCAAGAUGCUUACAUUCGAGGAAUCACGCCGCAGAGAAGGCAUUAGGGACUCGAACCCACAAUUUUGGGAACUUAGUUGAGCUGAGUGGGAUAAAUUGUCCUUUGUGGAAUGUGCUUGGGAAUGUGUAUUCAUCUGUAUACGCUUGUGUUCAUACUCUGACUGGGUUCUUCAUGGAUUCUAAUUUAAAAUUUGAUUGAUUUUGAUGGGGUUGUGGAUGGAUGGGGGGCAAUGCAAGGGAAAAGAAAGUGAAAGUUAUAAAAAAAAAGAAAAAAAAGAAAAAAAAAGAAAAUUGAUGUUUUGUAGGGCAAGGGAGUAAAAAAAAUGGUGUAGAAGGCUGAAGAGGAAGUUCCAAGUCUUCAAAGACCAAACUUCUCUUCUUUUUGGGGGCUGUAAUGCAGGUUCUUUGCUUAGGUUUCUCUUUCCCUUUGUUUUGGGUUAUUAGUUUUUAAGGAAAGGGCAGUAAGUAAAACUGUUAUCUUUUUGACAUAUAUAUGCAAUGGAGGGUAUAUAUGUAUAUCCAAUUUUUUUAUUUAAAAUUGCGGGUCAAUCUUUAUUGCC